AUGAAGGCUGCAAGUGCGUGUCUCCAAUGCCGGGAAUCCAAGCGCAAAUGCUCCCGUCCGGCACCUGGUGAACCGUGCCAUUCUUGCCACCAGAGAAAGCUGCAGUGUGAUGGCCGGCUCCAACCUCGACUAGUGGCGAACGAAGCUCCGGCGGCUGUUGCUGCUGCACUGCCGAUCGACAACCUGCCUUGGGAGACAACCCUGGAGCUCGUCGAAAUUUACCUUGACAAAGUUCACGACCGACCGCAUAGCAUAUUUCAUCCAGCAACACUGUGGACGCAGCUGCGCAACGGCUCUGUGAGUGGAGCGUUGAUAUGUGCUAUAUGUGCUAUUGGCGCCAAAUUCUCCUGCCGUUCCAACCGCCGCAACCUUGAGCUUCAUCUAACUACGGAAGCAAAGCGGCUGCUAAAGGCAGACCUCGAAAAUGCCUGCCUCGAGAACAUACAGACAUGCAUUUUGCUCUCCACCCUAAGCGCGGGGAACUGUGAAACUUCCUCCGAGGCAUUAUACAUCCGGAUUGCCACCAGCAUGGCCGAGAUAAUACACCUUCAAACGUAUACUUUGAGGGGUCCCAUCAUUGCCCGUGAAACCGCACGAAGAAUCUGGUGGUCUCUCUACAUGGCAGAUCGCUGGUGCUUUUCAGGACUGGGUUUACCCCGUCAUAUGGAUGACCUUGGAGGGUCCCUUCAGCUCCCCUUGGAUGAACUCACCUUCCGCUCACUUCCCUCAGACCAAGAAACGUUUAAUGUUCCCUGGAAACCAGGCCUCUGGGCCCACAUGGUCACUCUUGUCCGCCUGUUUGGCCCAAUCCAGGACCUGAACCGCCGUGCCGCCAAAGCCGAAAUAGACACCGCCGAACUGGACCAGGCUGUUGUAAGUCUCGGCCAGCAACUUGAGAUGUGGAGCGGUAUGCUUCCAGUGGACAUCCAGUUUACAAUUCAGAACCUCCACGGCCACCAGCAUAACCGGUUAGGCGGGCCAUUCGUGACCCUGCAUCUCGCGUAUCAUCAUUACUCGACGCUACUUUACUUCCGAUUUCUGGAGGACAAGCAGGCUUCGUUAUCUACAACGUACGGCACGUAUGUUGCUCGCUGCAAGCACCAUGCUUCCUCCUUUAGCAGCCUUCUCCACCUCUCACGUCAGCUCAAGGGGUGCGAGGCUAGCUACGCCAUCAUUGGCCACAUGACUGCCGUCUCCUCAUCCGUGCUACUACACACCAUGCUCUUUGGAAACCCCGAAGAACUACCCCAAGCGAAGCGAGAACUCAGCACAAACUUCGAGGCCCUUAUAGAGCUUCAGCAAUAUUGGCCCGCCACGUCCGCAAUGAUCAAUCGACUGAUGGCAUUCCAAGAUAUCUGCCUCUUAUCCUCAACCGAACCCCACAAACUGGACGGGUGGAUGGUGAGGUUCCUCUUAGAACACUCUCUCGCUCUCGAGAAAAGAGAGUUGCCUUUUGGGCCGCUGAAUGGGGAGAUACUAGAGGCCGAAAGUAUGUCAUCCAGGGUCAAGGCAUGGAUGGAACUUGGUAGGUAUACGAGUUUUGAGAACUUUUUGACUUAA